AUGAGCAACGUAACUGAGCAAGUGUCGAAGGCCGCUGAAACGGCUCGUGAGACUGUCGCCAAGGUUGGAGAAUCGGUGUCGGACUUCUUCCAAGGAAACGCGUUCAACACCCCAGUAGGACGAAAAAUUGAACUUGCCACCGAUGCUAACCUCCUGGCAACGGAAAACUGGGGACUCAACAUGGAGAUCUGCGACUUUAUCAAUGGGACUGAGGAUGGACCUCGCGAUGCUGUCCGUGCUAUAAAGAAGCGGCUCCAUAACGCCAUGUCCAAGAACAACGCGGUAGUUAUGUACACCUUGACUGUUCUGGAGACUGCUGUCAAGAACUGCAAUCACCAAUUCCAUGAGCUCGUUUGCAACAAGGACUUUGUCCAAGAUCUUAUUAAACUGAUCGGCCCCAAAUUCGAUGCCCCACAAAUCAUUCAGGAACGAGUAUUGAGCCUCAUUCAGGCCUGGGCGGAUGCUUUCCGUGGAGACCCAACACUCUCUGGUGUUGUCCAGUCGUACGAUGACCUCAAGAGCAAGGGAGUUGAAUUUCCAGCUGCCGAUUUGGACACUCUUGCUCCUAUCAAGACACCAAAGCGCACUGUUUUCACUCAACCACCACCACCAACUCUCGAUGCUCAGGUACCACAACAGCAACAGCAACCAGCACCGAAAAGAAACUACGCUCAAGCUGUAAACCCGAACUCGACCUACGACGUGCUGACUAUUCGUGAGACUGGGCAAGAGCCAAUUGCUCCAAACUCGGAUCAACUGACCAAGUUGCGUACCGAUCUUGACGUCGUCAACCAGAACAUCAAGGUUUUCCGCGAGACCCUCACCGACGUUGUGCCACGCAACGAGACAGCUGAUGAGCUCCAACUCCUCUCGGAUCUAAAUGAUACAUGCCGCGCCAUGCAGCUUCGCGUUUUGGAUUUGAUCCGAUCUGUAAGCAGCGAGGAGGUUACCUAUGAGCUCCUUAUGGUCAACGACAACUUAAACAGCGUUUUUGAAAAGUACGAUCGCUUUGUUAGUAACCGGAAAGGAGAACAACAAGCCGCCGAGGCAAGAGAUUUGAUCGAUAUUGGAGACGGAAAGAGCCUCGGAGACCAACUCAAUGCAAUGAAGGUCACUGGCGCUACUGCUAGUCCAACAACCGCUUCCUCUUCUCAAGACGCUUACAAGGCGAACGCGGAGCCACAGACCGAUGUGGGGUUGGCUGCCGCUGUGAGCAACAAGCUACCAACGGACAAUGAAGCUGCUGAAAUGGAAAACUGGCUUGAUAAGCAAACCGAGAAAAAGACCAAGGAGCAGGAGGAAAAUGAUAAACUGUAA